AUGAAAAAGAUUUUCAUUUUUCUUGCAUUUUCCCCAAAAUUGAAUCGAAAGAAAGAUAACUUCCAACUACAACAGCCACACCAGAAGAUUGGAUUAAACGGAUACAGUUGCUAUUUGGGCAAAAUCGGGAAAAAAAAUUCGGCUAAGUUUCAGAUAUAUUCUUCUCAAAUAAUGCAUGUUCAAUCUCCAAGGGCAAGAUGGUCAUUACAACAGUUUUUGGAUACGGACAACCAUUGAAACAUAUAGUCCAAGGGAAAUCAUGCAUCAGUACUCAGAUUACACACACACACACACACA